AUGGCUCAAAGGACAUUAAAAUGCAAAAUAGGACCGUCGAUUUUAAAUGCAGAUCUGUCACAAUUGCAUAGGGAAUCUCAAUUGUUGUUGGACUGUGGGGCGGAUUACCUGCAUUUAGAUGUUAUGGAUGGGCACUUUGUACCUAACCUAACAUUUGGACACCCAGUUGUGAAAUGUUUGAGGAAUAAAAUAAGGGAUGCUUUUUUUGAGACUCAUAUGAUGGUACAGGACCCACUAAAGUGGAUAGAACCCAUGGCAGAUUGUGGAGUAAACCAAUACACAUUCCACGUAGAACCAGUGCAUGACAUUUCAUACACAUGCAGAAAAAUUCGAGAAAGCGGUAUGAAGGUCGGUUUAGCCUUAAAACCAGCCACGCCGGUUGAAGUCAUCGCAAAAUACAUUCCCUUAUCAGACAUGGUUCUUAUAAUGACAGUUGAACCAGGAUUUGGUGGCCAAAAAUUCAUGAAUGAUAUGAUGUCAAAAGUUCAGUGGCUGAGGGAGCAUUACCCCAAUUUAGAUAUAGAAGUCGAUGGUGGUGUAGGAUUGUCUACUAUUAGUGCUUGUGCAGAGGCUGGUGCGAAUAUGAUUGUGUCAGGGACUGCAAUAACAGGUGCAUUAGAUAAAAGACAAACGAUUGCCACACUUAGAGAAACUGUGGAAAGCUCCAUCCAUAAAUGUAAUGUUUAA